CCGCACCUCGUUGAGAUCCAUACGCGUCGCGUCGCGUUCCGUCAGCGUGCGCGGUGAACGUUGAACCCCCCGCCCCGCGAUUGAUCGCCGCCCGGCGCCGCCGGUCGCGACAGACCAGACCAGACCCGGUCAGGGCAGACCUCAGAAGCGGCCGCGGCUACGCCCCGAGCGCCCGGCCGUCGCCGCAGCAACAAGCGGAGCAGAUCGCGCCCCCCGUCGUCCCGCAGGUCAAUAUUUACGGCGCCUCUGGGCACCGGGUCAGAGCGAGCAGGCGUAAACGGGGCCGGCGCCAGCAGCGGAGCGCAGCUUGAGCGGUUGGCGGAGGACCACACGCGCGCGCGCCGACCUGCGGAGGAGGAGACGCCAUGGCGACCUGUCCACACCGGCUCUGAGCUCCCCGGCUAAGGCGUCGAGAUGGCCGUGGGUUGUGGCGCAAAAUGCGCCAAAACUCUGCUGGUCGUCUGCAAUCUGAUCUUCUGGGUGGCAGGCGUGGCGCUGUUAGGCUUGGGUAUUUGGAUCCACGUCGAUCAAGGCAAGAAUCAUCUGUAUAAUCUUGUUACCAUCGACACCGUUGGACCCGAUGCUGUCGCCCAUUUCAAGUACUUUCUCAUCGGUCUGGGGGGCGUGGCCGCGCUGGUGGCCCUGCUCGGCUGUUGUGGCGCCUGCAAGGAGAACAAAUGCAUGCUGGGAACGCACUUCUUCUGCCUGCUGCUGGUGUUCCUGGUGUUCGCGGCGCUCGGCAUCCUGGCCGUGACGUCACAGGCCACCCUGAUCAGCAACGUGGAGGGGCAGCUGCAGAGCCGCUUGCGCAUGAAGUACAACCAGACCGAUCAUGGCUUGUUCUCAGUGGCCAUCGACUUCGUCCAAGUGGAGCAUAAAUGCUGCGGAAUUCGGGGAUCCAGCGACUUCUUCAACUCAAAGUGGCGAAACUCUAGUUUUGCCAAGACCCCGGACGUGAAGGAGGUCCCCAAUACGUGCUGCGUGCUCAAGAAUGAAAAUGACACGGCUGCGUUCCUGCACCCGCGGCCCAAGAAUUCACAGCUCUGCCAGUCGUCCGACCCGAGGAAGUACGGAGGCCAGCAGGACGGCGGUCCGUUCCGAUACGAAACGGGCUGCAUGGUGCGGAUCCGGCACUGGUUCCAGACGGAGACCACCAUGAUACUGUGCGGAGCGUUGGGCGUGGCUGGACUACUGAUAUUCGGCAUGCUGUUCACCAUCUGCUUGUGUAGAAACGUCGACGAGGAGCAAACUGCCUGAGUGAGAGGGUAGACCCAGUGACGAAAAGCAAACGUGGGUUUCUAGAGGCCACUAAGCUGGCUAAUGUGGCCUAAUUUGUACACAAACGUGGUUGAGAGCUAAUGCUGGUUUCCGUUCAGUUGCCGUUUUGAUAUGAAGGUAAAUACUCUGAAGCAGAUGAGUUGCGCUGAACCGUGAAAUAUUUUCCACGAAAUCUUGAUCUCUUGUUUUAGGUCGUGCUCAUUUGGUUGAGAUGCAUCAUCUCUUGGCCGUUUUGGAGCAUAUCUGAACACGGAAGUCCAACAUGAAAUGCACUGAAAAUAGCAGGCUGCUUUACAAAGAUGCAAUGUUUUAAAUCUGCAAUCAAUUGAUGUACUUCGGUGAAUUGAUUAGUCAGGGUCUCUUUUUGAUGAAAUUUCUUGACAGUUCACAACUAUGUUUCCUAGAACUUCAUUGCCUGCGUUAUUCAUGUUUCUAGAUUCUUGGGUUUUGUUCGCUCCCUGUUCAUUUACCUUCCAGGCAUGCCGUUUAGAUCGGAGGUUUUGAGAUUUGUUUUUGCCGCCGCGCCUCCAGCCAACAGCGUGUUUGUAUCGAAAUGCGCACGCGACGCUGAAGCCACGUGAGUUUAGUGGCACUGUGUGCAGGUUGAGUCAGAUCAGCGGUCAUUUCGAGCUGUUUUCGCCAUUUGCUGUGUAAGAAAUUCCAAUAUCCUUGUUAGACCGUAGGUACAAGUGAAUCAAAUGACUUAAAGUAUGAACGACCACGUGAUGCGCGAUCUUGCUCUGUCUUGCCCGCUUGUUUGUGUAUAAAGAUUGGAAAAGUGUAAAAUGUUGCACUUGUACUGUGUGGAAUGUGACGCGUCCUAAUUUUUACCGACGAUGACUUUGAGAGCUUUGAGAGCGAGCGUUUGACUCUGCGCCCAACGUUAUUACUUAAGGCAGAUCCUUUACGAACCGAGCUUACACAAAUGCACAUUGCUUUGUACCGGUGAAAUGCCGGCACAUUCAAACUUUUUUAUUUCGACUUAAGCACUGAUUCUGUCGCCAGCCACAAAUCCACUGCGGCGAGGUGUCUGUUGUGUGAGAUCUUGGUCUUACCUGCAAAACAAUUAGGCUACUCGAAACACCACAUGUUUUGUUCAUGCUGACCAUGCGGGGCGUAGAAUGAAUGUUUUCACUAUUAUCCUGGAUCCGAGGCGUUAUAAGUUGAAAGAUAUUUACACCAGCUCCCAUACGGCUUGUGCGUCAAAAGUUGUGCAUGCGUUACGAACUGGCAAUGUGUGUCUAUCGUUGAUGGAGCUGGAUUCUUAAUGGCUGCGUGGUGCUACUUUCCAAGGUUCAAACAGACCAGAAGUAAUUAAAAUUGAAGGGAACAGCCAAACAAUCAGCUGAUUACCUAUCAAGCUCUGAGUCGUGGUUGGCUAGCUAUGAAGUGCUGUCUAGAGUUGUCUAGAUGCUCAUCAAUUAUCGGUGACUGUGGUGCUUUAGCUUGGGUAGAGCGUAGCUAGGUGAAUGUGUUAAUUUUCGCUAGCUCGGAGGUGAUGUGCAUUAUCAUGUCAGCGAGAUGUGUUGACUGUGAACUCGUGGUGUCAAUCAUAUGUGUCGGGGCGUUUGCCCCGCACCCUUUUCUCUGCAUGACGUUCUCGAAACCUGGCGCGAGCCAGCACGUUUUAUAUUUGUUAUCGGUUUAAGUGUCGCCGAGAACGGCAUGGGAGCCACACGCUCCAGUGUCUAUUGCUGUUGGACACGCCAUUGGAUGCUAGUCUGCGGUCAGUGGGUGCUGAUUUUGAGAUGUCAGUUUUCCGUCACACGGACGCCCGCCAUGUAUCUGUCACCUGCAGUAUGGGUGCCUUUUCGCGGCGAGUUCUGGAUUGGUCGACAUCGUCGUCAGCUGAAUUUAGAAAGCUUCUAGGUGCGUCGCCGUUAUGAUUUCAAGAUCCUAGCUCAUCACAACCCCGCGUGCGUGGUUCAUGACGUUAGGAGCAGUGUUUUCAAGCUAAGCCAGUGGGACUGUCAGCCGUGCGCGGUGUAUUUAGAGACCUUCGUCGGGCAUUGCUUCUACUCUUUGAUCACUUCUCGCUGUAGACGGAAAUAGAAUGACGCCGGCUUCCGUGUUCAUGACUUUCACUGCCAUCUGUUGUUACCGUUUUACGUGGUCGGUAAAUGUGGAAAAUAUGACAUCGAAGCGGGA